AUGGAAAAUCAGAAGGUGGAAAAAUUGGCACGCGUAACAUCUGGGCAGGAAGGCUCAACCUUGCCGGAUAACACGGUGGUUAAGACAAUAGAAGUGCUCUCUCUCAGGAUUCAGGUCAUGACAAUACAACUUAGGAUCCCAGACUGGGCAGCAAGUAUAGUCAAGUAUUUUGAAAUUGGUGAAAUGCCUAAAGAUAGGCAGGAGGCAAGAAAAAUCAAGAAUAGAGAGGCGCACUACACCAUGAUCGAGGCAGUCCUGUAUCAGCAGGGUCACUUAGCUCCUCUCCUAAUAUGUAUCUCCCCGGAAAAAGCGCAAUACAUGUUAGCAAAAAUACAUGAGGGAAUCUGCAGGAACCAUUCAGGAGGACAGACACUAGCCGGGAAAGUGACGAGAGUGGGUUACUACUGGUCCCAACCUCUCUGA